AUGCGUGCGUUCGUGGAGUACUACAUGAGCCAGCGGGUCCUGAUCGAGGCCCAGGGGCUCAAUCUCCACACACACCAGGACCUGAUCGACCUGAUCAAUUUCGUUCGGGCUCGGAUAGGCAUCCCGCAGAGUCAGCUGGUCGCCAAUUUUCGCAAGGAAUAUGACUGUGUUGGUCCGGCGCUGCCGGCUAUCGAAGUGGCGGUUCGCAUCUGGCUGUUAGUCUCUAUUGAUGAGUGGGAACCGCGCCAGUCGCUGCAGGAGUACAUCUGUGUGCUAUUUCCGCGGAUCGAUCCUCCUCUGUUACCCGACGAAUUUGCUUUUCCUUUGUCGUUUAAUAUCACCAAUCUUAGACUGAUCGGCGGGUUUGAGAUUGUCUGGACCGAGUGCCUGCAUGAUCAUCUUUCGUUCAGUGUCGAUGAAGAGCAGAAGAAGGAAUUGAAGAUCUUUCAUUUGUCUUCGUUCCUGCAGGGGUACCGUUAUAGUUCGUGUUCCAUAUUCCCUCCGGGCCUCCUCGAAGAAACAGCCCAAUCUCUCUCCCUCCUCUUCCCAUCCUCCAACCUGAAAUGCCAACGGUGGCUGCGCAAGGCCCGUCGGCGCGAGGAUAUCGACCUCGAAGCCGGACUGCUGCCUGCGACAUCACGUACUAUCACCCAGUACCCCUACUGGGGGCGGCAACUGCUCGAGCUUCGGGAUGAGUACGACCGAACAGAGCCGACAACAGUUAAGCAGUGGAUUGCGGAUAAGCGGAAUCCGAACCAGCGGUAUACGUUUUGGAUUGCGGUGGUAGCGUUGGCCCUUGCGCUCGUUUUUGGGUUUAUUCAGUCUGUCACCGGGAUUCUACAAGUCGUCCAGCAGCAGCGGCGUUGA